GUGGGGCAGCAGGCAGUUUAAAUCCACUCGACAAACCAAGUGGGAGCGCUCCAUGAGAGGCCCAUUACUGUGGCGAUCAGAGUAUGCUCGCUCAGUAACUCCUUUGUGCCUCACCAACCUAGGAGAGCUGAGACCCCUGUGGCAGGAGGUGGAUGUGACUGGCGUGGUGUUGAGAGUUGGGAAGCCCAACACUAAGUUUCAGGCGGUACACCUCGUAGAUCACCAUCUCAAUAUUCUGGCAGUCCAUUUCUGGGGUGGUUUAAAGAGCUGUGGUUAUGCAGACACUGUUGUUGAAGGAGCUCUGGUGUGCCUCAUGAACUGUAGCUGGAGAGGACACAAGGGCAGCAGCAUUGGUUGCAUACACUUCACAGAGUUUAGCAUUGCCACCUGCUCUCCUUCCAGAUCUCAUCUUGUUGAAGCAUCUGAUCAUCUUCGCAGCAGCAUCAAGGACAUCCAGAAGCUGCUAAGUGAAGCAAGCAGGAUGUUGGAUGAGCAACUUGAUAGUCUGGGUUUCCCUGACAAAGGUUUGCACUUGGACAAAAACCCUGGAAAAUGCAAACUAGAUGGUAACAUGGAGGACAGUCCACCCGUGGCUGCUGGAGAGAACACAGCCAGCAGCUCCAAGCUGAACAGAAAGGAGCAGCAAGCCGCUGAGGUGCAGAGAAAGUUGAAAAUAUUGGGUCAGUAUGGAGCAGCGGGAUACCCGCCAGGGUUCCUUUCUCCUGCCUCCCUGCGAAGCCACAAGCCCUUUCAGACACCCGUCAGGAAGCCUCUGAAUAAUUAAAAACUUGAAGCACAGAAAGUUAGUGCCUCUCCAAAAGGGUUUUCAUUGUUUUUUUGUUCUAGUCAGAGGUAUAAGAUGGCUUAAUAGUUUUAGAUAGCAUUUAGCAGGAAUAAAUAAAGGUUUUGGAAUGAUUGUAUUUGUUAUCAGAGAGGAAUCAUUAGUUUCAGAUCAAUAAAAAAAUACAGGCA